AUGCCAGAAAGACAGAAGAAAAUUGAUGAAUUGACGUCUCAAUUAUGGGGUGCUGGUUUAACUGGUCUGCUUAAAGGUUCCCUAAUUGGUUUAAUUAGUGGUUUUUAUUUAAACUAUAGGUAUAAUUAUGGCCAUAAUGCCAAAUUUUUCAAUACUCCUUAUAAGAUCGCAUACCUAGUGAGUUGGAACUUUAUUUUUAUUUCGUUUGCUAUCGAAUCAGAAAAGAUCAAAAUGAGGAAACAGCUUGCCAUGGAGGAGCAAAUCAAACGGGAUAUAUAUAUGGAGGAGGAAUUAAAUAUUAAUAAGAAAUAA